GCCAUCAGCACUGAGAGGGACGUGCUGCUGCUGCACAGAGGCUGGAGGCGGACGAGCUCCAGAGAAGGAGCAUACAGUAUUGAGAAAUACCAUAUUACUCCAUGGAGCAAUGAUCAGAGACAGUCAUUCAUGACGUGAGGGUGAUAAGUGUCCUGGCUAACAUAAAAGUGUCACAUCCCUUCUUCAGAGGACCUGGCAGAUUUCCAUCGCUUGUAUAAAAUGCUCCCAGACAUAAACAGUUCCUAACUCAGCAGUCUGGUGCUGCACUUCACAAUGGGCUAUUUAGUAUCAAAUCCGAUUUCUGUAAUUCCAGUCUGCUUCUGAGGAUGCGUCAAGAUGAAACGUCUCAGGCACCUCAGCAGCAGUGACAGCUCAGACAAUGAAAGUCCUUCAACCUCCUUUUCCUCCUGUUUUCAGUACAGGAACAAAGCCAAAAACACAACCGAGGAAGAAAAGAAAUCUGCCGAGGUAUUCCGUAAAGACCUCAUUAGUGCCAUGAAGAUUCCAGACUCCCAACAUGUCAACAUGGAUGAAUAUUACCGUUUCGCAGACACUUGGAAACAGGAAUGGGAGAAGGGUGUCCAAGUACCUGCUAACCCAGAAUCCAUCCCACAACCUUCUCUCAGGGUAAUUUCAGAAAAAGUAAAGGAGGUGCUUUACUCACGUCCACGAAAGUACAUCCACUGCUCGAGCCAGGAGCCAGCAGAGACUGGAUACAUCAACAUACUGGAGUUGGCAGAAAGUAUGUGUCGAUAUGAUCUUGAUGAUAUGGACCUACUCUGGCUUCAGCAGUGCAACCUUGAGCUGGCGGACAUGGGAUGUUCUCCUGUGGAUGAGAGCACUAUGGAGAAGACCUUGGAAGUGUUGGAACGCCACUGCCAUGAAAACAUGAAUCAUGCCAUAGAGACAGAAGAGGGCCUGGGCAUAGAAUAUGAUGAAGAUGUCAUUUGUGAUGUUUGUCGCUCCCCUGACAGCGAGGAAGGCAAUGAUAUGGUGUUCUGUGAUCGGUGCAACAUCUGUGUGCACCAGGCAUGUUAUGGCAUACUGAAGGUCCCAGAAGGCAGCUGGCUAUGUCGAACCUGUGUUCUGGGUGUUCACCCACAGUGUAUUUUGUGUCCUAAGAGAGGAGGAGCCAUGAAAGCCACAAGAACUGGAACCAAAUGGGCCCAUGUGAGCUGUGCUCUCUGGAUACCGGAGGUGAGCAUUGCUUGUCCUGAGAGAAUGGAACCCAUUACAAAGAUUUCUCACAUCCCUCCCAGUCGGUGGGCAUUGGUUUGCAGUCUGUGCAAGCUGAAGACAGGAGCCUGCAUACAGUGCUCAGUUAAGAGCUGCAUCACAGCCUUUCACGUCACUUGCGCCUUUGAACACAGUUUGGACAUGAAGACUAUACUAGAUGAAGGCGAUGAAGUAAAGUUUAAGUCCUAUUGCUUAAAGCACAGCAAGAACAAGCAUUGCCCUGCAGGCGCACAGGAAGAGCCAGACAAAGCCCCCAUUGACAACAGACAGAGUGAGAGUGAAAAGACCAGCCUGCGUGCUCAGAAGCUGAAGGAGCUGGAGGAAGAUUUUUACACUAUGGUAAAUGUAGAUGAUGUGGCAGCUGAACUGGGGUUGCCCAAACUUACUGUGGACUUCAUUUUUUCAUUUUGGAAGUUAAAACGGAAAAGUAAUUUUAACAAACCGCUGUUGCCUCCGAAAGAGGAUGAACAGAAUGGUUUGAUCCAACCUAAGGAGGACAGCAUUCAUACCAGGAUGAGGAUGUUCAUGCACCUUAGGCAAGACCUAGAGAGAGUAAGAAACCUUUGCUACAUGGUGAAUAGAAGAGAGAAACUCAAAUUGUCCCACAGCAAGGUACAUGAGCAAAUCUUCAAUCUGCAAGUACAGCUUGUCAAUCAGGAGAUGGCAGCAGGACAACCUUUAUCAAGUGCUCUUGAAAAUACAUUAUUCUAUCCUCCUCCAAGAAUCACUUUGAAGUUGAAAAUGCCAAAAUUCGCACCAGUAGACUGUAAGAAAAACUCUGUGAAAACCGCAAACAGAUCUGGCCUUGCUGAUUGCAAUAGUUCACAUCAUGUUGGUAGCAGAGAGCCCCAAAAGGUGUCUUCUGAACUCCACACUAAGCACUACUCUAGAUAUGCCUCUGAACAACGAAGCAAUGGAUUGCUAGAAACGAAUAAUCCUCGGACAGAGAUCCCGGAGCCAGGGUCCCAGCAAGCGUCACGUUUUAGGAGCUCAGGAAAACCUUUGUCUCUGCAAGCUGUAAUCCAUGGACAUUCUUCAAAUGGAAGUGGAAAAGUGCAGAAUGAACAUAUGAGAUCAACAAAAUCUAAUGGAGUGUUACGUUCUUCUGGGGAUAAAAUUCAGAGAGACAGUUCCAGUCAGAUAUCACAUGAGCAGGAGUCUUUAAUCACAACUCAUUUUUCUAGCCACAGCAACCUUAGAAAAUGUAACCUGGAACAGUUUAGCAGGUCCUUCAAAGAGACCACAAAUAGCCUAGUUAGGACCACAGAAGAUCUUAGGAGCUGUGAAAAGCCUCAAAGGAGGCAAUCUGCAAAAGAACGCUUGUGGAAAAAACAGCCUCUUGAUUGCCAGUCAUCCGGAACCCCUUACCAGGACAGUGAUGGCUAUUGUCCUGACCUAGAAUUAAGUGACUCCGAAGCUGAAAGUGAUGAGAAUAAGGACCAUGUGCGACUAAGGAGAGUCAGCUCAAGUCAAGAAAGCCCUAACAGAGACUCGACUAGAAACAGUCGUAGUAGAAGCAAAAAGAACAUGAUUCCACACAGUUCAGGGCAGAGAACAAUGUCUUCCAUCAAGAUUGAAUGUGUUGUCAAAGAGCGGUACAGGAUUGGAGAGUCUCCAGUGUGGGAGGAAAAAGCAGGAGUGUUAGUGUAUGUUGAUGUUACAGGACAGAAGGUCUGCCACUGGAACCCCAGUACUAACAAAAUAAAGAGUGUCUCUUUAGAAAAAACCGUUGGCUCUGUUGGACUUCGGAAGUCGGGAGGCUAUGUUGUUGCCACGGGCAACACAUUUGCAACUCUGAAUUGGGAAGACCAGUCCAUAACCCCCCUUGCUCAAGUAGAUGAAGACAAACCUAACAUUCGUUUUAAUGAUGGCAAAGUUGACCCAGAAGGAAGAUUCUUGGCAGGUACCAUGUCUCAGGAGAUCCGCCCUGCAGUGGUGGAGAGGAACCAGGGUUCAUUGUUCACCUUAUAUCCAGAUCACUCUGUGGUGAAACAUUUCGACAUGGUGGAUAUCUCUAAUGGUUUAGAUUGGUCUUUGGAUCAUAAAACCCUCUUCUACAUAGACAGUCUCUCUUACGCAGUUGAUGCACUAGAUUAUGAUGUGAAAACAGGAAAAUCUUGGAACCGUCGCCAUGUCUAUGAGUUGCAGCCGGAUGAAAAAAUCCCUGAUGGCAUGUGCAUAGAUGCAGAGGGGAAACUUUGGGUCGCUUGUUAUAAUGGUGGAAGGGUGAUCCGUAUAGACCCUGAGACUGGGAAGGUGAUUCAGACUGUGAAACUACCAGUGGAUAAGACGACAUCUUGCUGCUUUGGAGGAAAGGAUUAUACGGAUAUGUAUGUCACAUCAGCAAGUGACGGGAUGGAUAAGGAGUGGGAAGCCCGCCAGCCCCAGUCUGGGGGAAUAUUCAAGAUUACCGGACUUGGCGUAAAAGGAAUUCCACAAAAUGAAUUUGCCGGUUGAAUAAUAAGAAUCUACAUUUGGUUGUCGUUUCUGUUUUAAAGAAUAACCUAAUGUGUUAACACAGUGAAGUAAAGCUAUCCAAAAUUGUGUUUUAUUACUAAUAUAUUGCUUGAUCAAAUUUGUAUAAACCUAUUUUUAGUACAAUAUUAAUUGAAUCACUAAUGUGUCUCUUUAGUUCUUUUAAAAUGUGUACUUGCUUAAAUAACCUGUUCAUUGAAUCUGCAACAUAAUUGGUUCUUUUGAUAUUAUGCAAUAAGCAGCAGAGUCCUAAAGCAGAGGAAAAUGAAGACAUUAGGGCUCAGUUACUAAAGCUAGGCGCACACUGCGGUGAUGUACCAACGAUCCAUCCAACUGUUAAAUUAUCUGGUUGUUUAAAAACCAGUAGUCCAUUACUGCUGUAGAAAUUGGUUCAUUUUGUAAAAUGCUGUGCAUGCAGCUUAAAUCAGUUGCACUUCUCCAAAUGAUCGCUAGCCUGGGGUGCACUGCUGCAUACACAAACUCCUAUUCUCAAACAGAAAUCGACUGUACGGCCCGAGUUAUUGUACAGUGUGUUACAAUCUUAACAUUGCAUUUAGUUGCAAAACUUUCAGUGGAUUACAGCAAGAUGCUUUUACUGUUUAAUUGCAAUCAAUAAAAGCUGAUUCGCUGUUGAGCUUUAGUGAAAACGUUGCUACUAAAUUAUGUAGUGUGUAAAAUGUUAUAAACAAAUUCUUUGCAUUUUUGACACUGUUACUAGAAAAUUGUAUUUUAUAUGUAUUUUUGGAA